AUUAUGAUGUUGGAGCUAGUGACACUCUUUCCGUGGAAAACUGUGAUGAGAGUCUGUCUCUUCUAGAAUAGGGGCAUGUUAUCUUCUGUGGAAGAUAAAGGUGUGUGAACUAGGAGGGAAUGAAGAGGGAAUCCGGAAGCCUGUGAUUUUGUACGACGUGAGUCAUAGGUUUUUCCCAACUUGGAGAAUGUAUAUUGAGUGGCAGCGGUCCCACUGAGCUCAUUAAGACAUGUGUCUGUAGGUGAGAUAAGACUUUGUUCAGUCUGAGAAGUCUAAAGGGCAAGAGGAAACAUCGAAGUGGCAGAAUCUAGGAUUGUAAACGUUCUGUGAGCCAUGAUGUCUGUAAAGUGCUGGAAUGUCACAAAGAUGGCACCGUCACCCAGACUUAUUCCUGAGUGGAAGGACUUGAAACUCUUCAUAAAUAAUAUGCUGAAGGAUCUAAAGUCUGCUGAGAAACCAAAGAAUGAGGUGAUUGUACUGAGUGACUGGCCUGAGACUCUGUACCAGGAGCCUCACCAUCCCCAGAGCAAGCCUUUCAUCUGCUUCUACUCCAUCAACAUCAACUAUUUCGUCUCCUUAAACUGGGUGGAACCAGAUUCAAACCAAAUACAGGCAGUACUUUGGAUACAGAAGAAAGAUACAGAAGCAGAAGGAACAAUGGAGAAGAUGAUGUUUUGUGUGACGGAUCAAGUACCACCCAUUGAAGCAAUGGUCCACACAGGUUCCUACCACAUGUUAGUUGCUUACUGUGGUGACAUGCACCUGUGGCUCUUUGGAGAUCACCAUCGAGCAUUCAUAUCCCUGGGCACAGUGCCCUGUCGUUUCUUCAUCAGCUGCCUCUGCUAUGACCCAGAAACGGAGGUGCUGCUGUCUGGUACCUUGGGGGCUGUGGUUACCUGGCUUAUCUUACCAAAUGGCAGGGACCUCCAGAUGGCACAAACAGUGCCCAUGUCUGGUCAUGAGCUUGUACAGGGCUUUUCCCUGAAUGGCCCCAAGGGGUCUCUCCUGGCCCUUUGUGAGAAUAAGGUAAGGGUCUUCACCCACCAGGGUCAGGGCCAGCUGAAAGAGGUAAGAAAGUUCACUCCCAUAGGCAGUGGCUCUUCCAUCACCUGCUCCUUCACUUGUGUCUCUCAGGGAUAUUUCUAUGCUGGAAACAAGGAUGGAGAGAUCCAUGCUUGGGGUCUAGACCAGGGUAACUUCCUCCACAGCUUCCAGGCCCAUUCCUCAUCAGUUAUAUGUGUUCACAGCCGGCCAGAGAUCCACACCUUACUGACAGCAGGCCGAGAAGGCACAGUAAGGGAAUGGAACCUUGCCGUUGGGAACUUGCUGCGGCAGCUGGAGAUUGGUGAGGGUCUGCGGCAACUGCAGUUUAUUGAUAACACCACUUUUUUCUGCCAGACUACCCACGCUUUCUCACUGCACCACCUGCCUUAUUUUUAUAGCCUCUUCAAUGUCUGUGGUUCUGCUCCUGAGCAGGUGCACCGGGUCUGCUGUGGCCGAAAUUGGACUCGGAUCCUGUGUGCCACUAAGGAUGGUUUGUUGCGCUUCCUGUCUCCAGUGACAGGAGAUCUCCUGGUUCUCACCUGGCCUCUGCUUGUCAUGGAUAAGGCUGUGGCUUGGGCCUAUGACCCAGACAAUGAGGAGCUCUUUGUGGCAACAGGCAGCUCAGAGGUGCUGGUGUUUGAUGCAACGCGCUCGCCUUGCACAGCCAAGUAUAUGGUAUGCACUUCAGUAAACUCUAGGGACAGAGUAAGUUGCCUGGCCUAUGCACAGUCCCAUUUGGGUAUGGGCCUAGUAGGACUGAUGUUCUGUGGGCAUGACAGUGGCAUUGUGAGAAUCCUCUCCCACUAUAGCUAUGCGCGAAUAGAAAAGACUGUUCAUUCUGGGGCAGUUUUGGCCCUGUCUACCCUGGAAGGUCCCCAGGAAAACUCCUUGCUCUGUUCCUAUGGCAUGGAUAAUACUGUAUACCUGACAGAAGCUUUGCUGUGGAAGAACAAGGUAAUUCUGCAGUCCAUAAGCAAAAUUCUCUGUAGUUGCCCCCUGCAACACGUGAUACUGCUGCCGGGUUCUGUGGGUGCCAUCACUGACAACCACUGCUGGCGUCUCUGGCACUAUCAAGAUUUUCUGCAAUCUGCAGCAUCAAAACAAAGCUCUAUGUUUGAAGAGACAAAAUGCCUGCACCGGUGUGCCAUCACUUCAUUUGAUGUCUGCUCCUCCCUGAAACUUUUUGUCACAGGGGGCAUUGACGGCUCAGUCCGGAUCUGGGACUUCCAUGGUAGACUCAUAACUGAGUUGGAUUCAGCACUGCAUUUUGGUCCACUCUGCUUUGCCAAUAAUCGGGGUGACCUGCUUGUGACUUUCAACCAGAGUCUUUACCUGGUAUCAUGCUUAAAAUUGCUCCCUCCUGCUCGGCUGAUUCACCUAGCUAUCCUAAAUAAUCCAGAUGAAAUACAAGAAGACCCUAAACUCUUUCUGCCUAGCUUCUUCUUUUCUUUUGAAAUAGUACUUGUACCCAAAUUUGUCUAUCUUGGACAAGGGCUGCAGGAAUUACAGGGGCUAGAGGCCCUUGUUAACAAACGGGUCAUUGCCUUUGACAAUACUGUGCCCCAUGUUGUAGAGGAAGAGAGACGUAUGCCUUCUCUGAUUCAAGUGGAACCCAAAUUACAUUUUUUGGAGGAUAAGGAUAUUGCUUUUUCUAUUCCUGACCCCAAGCAUAAUCAUCCCCCACAUGUGGUUCCUGCUCAGCUACAGCUGGCUGGCUGGAAUGGGUUGAACCCCUAUCAUAAACUGCAUGGCUUCUUUGGUAAAGGGCGGCAAUGGCCCUUUGCUCCUGAUGGCUACAUCCCCAACUCAGUUAUCCGUGCCUGCCUUUGGCCUGACGGUACCCCAGUCUUCUUACGCCAUGACCUGUACCCAUCCUACCGAGAUACAGACUGGGACAUGACUGAACCCAUCAGACGCCAGACACUGUCACCUAUGCCUCUAUCAGAAGAGAACAUCUCAAUGAGGAGAGAGAGGGAUAAAUCCAAGUGGUGGAAACGAACAUUCUAUGAUGUUCUAACAAGCUUGAUAAACCGAAAUUGGGCAGGAAGAAAACUUGAUGAAGGGCUUCUAAAUAAUUUAAUUGAGGCAAUCCUCAGCCUCACAGUUUACUGUUCUAUAGACCAGUACACGACAUAUAUUAGUGCCCUGGCACAAAUUUUUGCCACUUACCAAGUGUCUCCAAGGUUGUGCUCUGAGACUGCCUGUCGCCUGCUGGAAGAUACACUCCAUCCCAACCCAUGCAUCCGUGAGCUAGCCUGGGAGGGGCUAGAUAUGCUUGGCAUCAUGAGCCAUCUCUUUGCUGUUCCACUGAGUCUGGGAUUGAUGGACAGUGAUGAAAAUGUGCGGGCUAAGGCUUUGUACCUUAUGAUAAGAGUCACAGGCAUCCAAAGUAAGAGCAUGCUGGUAGGCCUGCUGAAGGAACAAGAAACCCUCCAAAAAAUGCAGCGGGAACUUAUUGGAGAAACCUCUCUGGACCAGCUGCUGGGGAUCCAAGCUAACGACAUCCAGUGCCUGCUUACACGGGUGGAGCAGCAGCUAAAUGAAAACCUGACCUUGUCACACAGAGACCAACAACCUCCUUUGUCUUUAGACAUAUCAAUGGAUGGUGAACCUGAGACCUUUGUCAAACGAACAUUCAUACCUGAAGAGAUCACCAAACAAAAGAAAAGAAUGACAUAUGUUCAAGAAAAGAGAGAAAGUCUUAUUAAAAAGGACCUGAGACUUUCCAGAAAGAAGAGAGAGACAGAGCUUGUAAAAUUUAGCUCUAUGUUGGUGCCUUCAGAGGAUGAAGGUGAACAGAGAGAGGCCAAGAAAUCAGAGCUAAUUGACACUGAGGAUGUUGCCUUAGAGCCAGAGCUGCCACUAAGUACUUUCAGCCCAGCCAAAUCUGAAGAGGUUGCUGAAUCAAAGGAGGUCAUGACAGAAGCUACAGAAGCUAUGGAAGCCACAGAAGAAGGAAGAGGCCACAUGGCAGUCACAGAGGCAGUGGAAGCCACACAGAUUAUGAGGGCCAUAGAUCAACAUGACAUGAAAGAUUAUGGUGAGAUAUUCCCUAAGCUGGAAAGACAAGAACUCAUGAAAAGACUCUGGGAAAGGGCAGUGGAAAAAAGCCAUGAAAAAGUAGCUGCGAAGUUGAAACAGAAAGAAAGUUUGAAGGAUAUUUCAAAGACGACUGCAGAAGAGCCCAAAGAAAAAGUCAUGCAGAUUGCUGAACAAGAAAAAGAUACAAGGAAGAAACUUGGAAAGGGUGGCCAAGGUUUGGCUGGUGCCCCUGGACACACGGGUGAAUCAGACACCAGGUCUUGGCGGAAUGACAUUUGCUAUCUUGCCACCUCAAGGAUAGCAAGUUCCCAUCCAGGAAUGUUAAGGGAUCUGGGUCAAGAAUUGGUGGACUUGGCUCGGGUGAUUCUUGCUCCCCAAGAGCCCAGUUGGGAUCUAUUCCAAAAGAUCUGCCCCCUUUUAAAGGACUCCUCAGAAUUGGAGGAAAGAGUGGUAGAAGAACCAUCCACUAUAACAGAAAAGGUGGAUAAAGAGAUUGUCGAGGAAGAAGUGACAGAGUUGGGAAGACAAAGGGGAAAAGAAGCAUUAGAGAAGGACAAGGCAUUUUCUCAAGUCAAGAAAAAGAAAGUUGCUUUCUUAGAUAAACUAGCCUUACAGAAAAGGAAAUUAAAAAAAGAAGCACAGGGACUGGCCAGGCAAGAUGGGAAAAUAGCUGAGGAAGAAGGGAAACUGAGUAAGCCAGAGAAGAAAUUAAUUCAGGGUAAGGAGAAACUGAUUCAAGAUAUGAAGAAACUGCCUCAUCAGAAAGAAAAAAUAGCUUGGGAGGAAAAACUACUGGCUUAUCCACAAAAGACAUUAACCAAGGAAGAGCAGAAGUUAGUUUUAGGAGAAAAGAAAGAUACUGGAAAAGGGAAAAAACGACUAGGGGAAAGAAAGAGAGUGACCCAGAAAGAGGGGAGGGCAGCCCUGAAAAGGAGUAAGUGGGACUGGGAGAAGAUUAUGAUGGCCCAUGAAGAAGACAUGUGGCCCCAGGAAGAGGUGUUGCCUGUCUGGGGAGAGAGGAAAUUGUCCCAGGAAGAGGAAGAGCUGGGUGAGGAAGACGAGGAGCUGAGUGAGGAAGAGGAGGAGCCCUGUGAGGAAGAGAAGGAGUUCAGUGAGGAAGAGCCAAGUGAGGAAGAAGAGGAACUGGCGUGGGAUGAAGAGGAACUAAUUCUGGACUUAAAGAAACAAGUUAAAGGUAGGAAGAAAAAGUCCCACAAAAAGAAGAAACACAUUCAAGGUAUAGAGAAACAUGUUGAAGAAGAGGCCCAGAAAAGGGGGGAAUUAGCCCAGGAAGAGGAACAUUUGUCUAGUGAAGAGGAGAGACUGUCUGGGGAAGAAGAAAAACAGGCAUCAGAAAGGGGAAGCUUGGCAGAGCAAGAAAUUAAAUUGACCACAGAGAAGAAUAAAUGGUUAAAAAAGAAAAAAGAGGCCUAUAAAAAGAAACAAAUCCAAGAAAAUGAAAAACAAGUUGGGAAACAGGAGAAAGAAGACCAGAAAGAGAGGCAGGCUAAGAAAGAGGAGAAAAAAGCCAAGGGCAGACAAUUAUCCUGGGAAAGAAAGAAAAUGGGCCUAGGGGAAGAGGAAAAGCAGGGGGAAAAGGAGAGAAGGACUCAGAAAGAGGAGAAAACGACUGAGAAGAAGAGGCAAUGGGCCUGGGAAAAAAAGAAAGCAGACUCCGGAGAGGAGGAAAAAGCUGGGGGGAUGAAGAAAUGGUCACAAGAAGAAAAGAAACAGGCCCGGGAAGAAAAGAGACGGGAUCAGAAAGAGGAAAAAUUGGCUCAAAAAGUGGAGAAACAGGCUGAGGGUAAAAAACAAUGGGCCAGAGAAAAGAUGAAACUGGUCCCAGGAGAAGAGAAAAAGAUAGAAGAAAUUGAGAAAGUGUUCCCUCAAAAAGAGAAACGGGCCAUGGUGGGGGAAAAACAAGCUAAGAAAGAGGAGAAAUGGGUUGGGAAAGACAGGAAAGCCACUGACAAAAAAGAACAACAGACCCACAAAAAAGAGCAACUAGCCCUACAAGAGCAGAUACAGGCCCAAGAAGAGAGAAUAUGGGGUCAGAAAGAGGAGAAAGAGAGCGAUAAAAAAAAAACAACGGGCUUGGGUAAAAGAGAAAAUUUUUGUAGAAAGGGAGGAACACGCUGGUAAGUGGAGAAAAAGUCCCAGGAAAAUGAGGAAAAAGCAUUGAAGAAAAGACUGACCCAGAAAGACAGUGAAUUGGCCAAGGAGAAGAGGCAUAUUGCUAAGAGAAAAAAAGCAGUAGCCAGAAAGGGGAUUGCCACAACUAAGAGAAAGAAAAAAACUAAGGAAGAGAAAGAAGUUGUGGAAGAAGAGGAAUUGUCCCAGGAAGAGAGGGAAUUGGCCUAUGACAUUAGGAUCAAGGAGAUGGGUGUUGCCAAGAAAAAAAGUAAAAGAACCAAAGAGGAGAGAAUACAGGCAGUGAGGAAACUGGAUAUGGAGAAAGGGAUUCGUUCUGAAGAAAAAGAGGCUAGUUCCAGGUUAAAAGAUAUAAGGAAGAAAGAGAGUAACCUGUUCAGGAUCCUGGCUAAAACAAUUAGAAAAAUGAGUAUAGUGCUACCAGAAGAAACAGAAAUAUGUGAGGAAGAGAGAUCAUUCAUGACAGGGAAGAGUGAAAUGGAUGGCCAGAAGUGGGAAUUUUUUAAGGAACAGGGGGAAAUAAUGAAAGAAGAGAAGGAGCUGGGUCAGGAAGAGGGAAAAGUAGAAGAUGAUAGGCUGGCCACCAAAGAGAGAACACUGACUGAUGGAGAGAGCUUGAAGGAGAACCAAAAGUUACUACAGAAGGUCCAGGGAAAGAUACUAUUAGAUAGAGUCCAGGUAGAGAGUAUAUUAAAGGAAGUCCAGGAACAAAAUAUGUUAGGAAAAAAGCAGCUAAAGAAACUUCUGAGGAGAAUUGAGAAGAAUAAACUAAAAAAGACUCCGCUGAAGUGGUUAUUAGAGAAUAUCAGAGAUACUCUGUUUGAAGGCUUAUCUGAGAGUUUUAUUGGGAAGGAAAUAAAGGAAGGUCCAACUAAGAAGGGGAAAGAGGAGGAGAGCAUUACUGAGGAAGAAAAGGAAGGGAUUCUGCCCAGGAAGGAGAAAGGGAAAUAUGUAAUUAAGAAGAAGAAAAAGAAGGUAAGCCUGAGUGAAGAGAAAUUGAAGGAGAAUUUGGCUAAGAAGCAUAAAAAACAAAGUUCAUCCCAAAGAAGGAGAAAGGGAAAGAGGUUGACUCAAGAGAACGAGAGGCUGAGUAAGAAGAAAAAAGAAGGCCCACAUGAGGAGGAGAGCCUAAGUGAGGAGGAGGAGGAGGAAAGCCUGAGUGAGGAGGAGGAGAAGGAGAGCUUGAGUGAGGAGGAGGAGAGCUUGAAUGAGGAGGAAGAGGAGAGCCUGAGCCAGGAGGAGGAAGAGAGCCUGAGCCAGGAGGAGGAGGAGAGCCUGAGCCAGGAGGAGGAGGAGCACCUGAGCCAGGGGGAGGAGGAGAGCCUGAGCCAGGAGGAGGAGGAGAGCCUGAGCCAGGAGGAGGAGGAGAGCCUGAGCCAGGAGGAAACGGAGAAGAUAGAGAAAAGGGAGAAGGAGGAGGAAAGACAGAAGGAUGGGGAGAGCAGACUUAUGGAGGUGAUACUCCCAGAAGAGGGAGUAUUGAAAACAGAGCUCUCCAAGGAGGAAGUGAGCUUAUCAAAGCUAACAAUAGAAGAUGAGUCUCUUGCUGAGAAAAGAAAAGGUACAACUAGAAGGAAAAUGCCUUUUAAGAAAGAAAGAUUGCUUGAUGGAAAGAGAGAUCCCACACUUAGGGAUAAAGUCAUGUGGCCAACAGUUCUGAAAAGCCCCUUCAAAAUGCCACUCCCAGUAGCUCUGGAAAAACAGAGAAUGCCCAGGAAAGUGUUAGGGGAUCAUUUAGAUUUCAAAGGUCAGGAAAGUCAACUUCUUGGAGCACACCCUGAGACAAGUUCUUGGAGAAGACAAGAGGAUGUGCUCUUGGAGAAAGCUAGGGGUAUGUUUUUACAAGGGAGGGGAACAGGCUUACAGGCCCAGAUCCCAGAAGGGCUCCAUAGGCCAGAGUCCCAUUUAUCUGAUAUGAUCAGGAAACCACAGAAACCUGAACAUAGACCCAAAGGUGACAUGUGGAAGUGGUUCUUGAAGUCCCGGGAUUUGCCAAUGGGGAAAACUGAGGGCCAGGUCGUAGGCCCAGCCCUAGCCUCAGCCCCAUCCCUUACUUCUGCACCAGCUGAAAGGCCACGCUACUCAGAAGCAAGCUUCUCAGAUGAGGACUGGAUUAACAAUGCCUUAAUAAGGCUGGAAGCGGGAGAGCAGCUUUCCAGGAACAGUUUCCAAAGACUGCACCAGCUCCUCAGAAACUUCACUUCAAAGGGAUACUUGAAAUGGAUGCAUCUAUACAACCUUAAAGCCAUUGCUAAACACUUCAGGAAGAACCUAGAAGUAAGUCAUGCAGACAUAUCACAACCCUAUAAGGAUGUUUUGAGUCCAGUGCACUUAAAAGGGAUCCCUCCAAUUAGAAGAAAAGAAAAAUGGAGCCGGCUAGAGCCAUUCCCUGUUGUUGAAGCAGUGUUACCAUUGGCUGCCACAAGGCCUCAAACCCCACACCGUCUCAGUUGGCCUCUCUUAGAUGAGUCCUACAGGAAGAAGCAGGCACAACAGUUAUCUUCUGCUGUUAAGCAGAUGUUGAACCUUUAUCCAGUCAGAAAGGAUGUUCCUACAACUGUCUAUCCCUCUGUGGAUAUAAAAUCCCUGGACUUGAUAUUCCAGAAAGAUUUCCAGGUCUUGAGGGAGAAAGGAGAGCUCUCCAAAUUUCACAAGGCAGAGAAGGAAGUACUGCCCAUCCCUUCACCAGUAUUCCCAUCAACCACCAAGAGGAUUCAAGUCCCAAAGGCUAUAAACUGGCAUCUUUUAGGAGAACCUUACAGGAGUGCUCGGGUACAGCAGUUAUCCAAUGCCCUCAAAGAGAUGGAAAUGCAACACUUUUAUCCUAUCGCGCACGAGAUUUUCACAGGUGCCCAUGACUCUGUGGACAAACAAACUCUAGCAUUGAUGUUUCAAAAGGAUCUCAGAGCUUUUAAGGGAAAAGACAGGCCCCUCACAUUGCCCAAGUUGAAGAAGGCGCAGCCCGUCUCUAAGAAAAAGGAAAAGCUGCCUCAAUGGGAGACAUUUGUGGCACUCUACUAUGUUUUGCGGACAUUGCAGCAACGAUAUGCAAAAGACCGCACUGCUUGGAUGGAACAGUUUUACCAACUCAUGGAUCUGUACCAAUUUAAGUCCCCCCAAAUCCAGAGGCUCCUACUACAGUUGCUGCAGAGAGAGGCACUCCAACCUCAAGAGACCAUCUAUAAAAAGGCCCUGAAAGCCAAGGAGCUGGUACUUGGUGAACGGUUGUUCUGUGGCCUGUUUUGUGGUCAUUCUUGUGCCCCUGCAGGUCCUCUCAAGUUCCAUGAUGUUGUACCUCUGCCUGGGAAGAGCAAGGUGCAUACUAUCCAACCUGUGGGCAUUGCCCAGUAUGGGUUCCUAGAACUUGCCUGGAAAAGCCUACCACAAGUCAGUCCUUACCUUAUUGAGAGGCUGCCCAACAUCUCUACUCCAACUCUAUGAUUUGGCCUAACAUUAGGACUUUGGGACCUUGCUGGGAAAUAAGUCUGGCCAUAGAUUUUAAGCCUUCUGUACCCACUUCAAGGUGGGCCUAAACAAGUAUUUGUAUUCAUUUGGCUCCAGAAACCUGCUACCUUGUACUGAAUAAAAUGACAUUUCUCAUUUGUAACAAA